AUGGGUUUCCGGUUGCCUGCAAUUGUUAAAGCAAAGAGAAGUCUCAUUCGAUCUCUAUCUAGUUCAAGCCAGACAGCAGAUUCAAAGACCUCAGAUAUCCCAAAAGGCUACUUUGCAGUCUAUGUUGGGGAGAGCCAGAAGAAGCGGUUUGUGAUUCCAAUAUCAUAUUUGAAUGAGCCGUUAUUCCUGGAUCUGCUGAGUCAAGUUGAAGAAGAAUUCGGAUAUGAUCAUCCCAUGGGAGGUAUCACAAUCCCCUGCAGUGAAAACACCUUCCUUGAUCUCAUUUCCCGCUUGAGUGUGUGA